AUGGCAGGCCAGGCGGGUGCAUCCGGAGUGCGGCCCAACUACAUGACGGUUGGCAACGGCACGACCUCCGAGCACGCCGCACGCCUGCAGAGCAUGCUCGAAGCUGAUUCAGGAUAUGGAGGCAGCAUCAUGGGCGACGAACCAGGCAUGUUGGACAUCUCAACACAUGGCGACCGUCGACAGUCCCAUGCUAUCCACCAGAUGUGGUACAACUCCCAGAGGGCCACGCUGGGCCGGUCAAUCAACAAGGUGCUGGACCUCCUGCAUAGUCUUCGAGAGAUGAAUGCUACGUGGCCUGCGCAUUACCCUUCUGUUCAACGAGCGGAGAAAAUGGAAGCGGAUGUGCCUCGUCCUGGACUCUUACACUCAUCCACCAUGGAGGAUAUCGCGGCCAGGUCCAGCCAAGCGCCGCCACCCAUGCUUAGGAGAGCCAUGACCAGCCUCGAAGAUGCGUCGGCAGAGUCUAGCCAAGCGGCUGAGGCUCGACCCGCGGCGGAGCCUCGACUUGUCUCACCUCAGAUCGCUCAGGAAUUUUCAAUUUUAAAGCUCGACCUGAAGCUAGGAGCUCUCCACCAGACCGAGCUGGUACACUCUUUGGAAAAGGGCUCUAUUGCAUCACUCCUUGAUGGCAAAAUCGGCUCCAGCAUCAAGCAUCUUGUGUCGCUCCGUGAACGUAUCGAGGAUACAUCAAGCAAGGUCCUUAUUACCGGUGAUUUGAAUGCCGGCAAAUCGACCUUUUGCAAUGCCCUGCUGCGCCGGAAAGUUUUACCUGAGGAUCAGCAGCCUUGCACCGCCAUCUUUUGUGAGGUUUUGGACGCACGGGAAAACGCAGGCAUCGAAGAAGUCCACGCCGUCCACAAGGAGAUGAUUUACAACCGAAACGACGAAUCGACAUAUGAUGCUUACUCUCUUCAGGAGCUCGAGAAAAUUGUCAUUGACAAUGAAAAGUACAUCCAGUGCAAGGUCUAUGUUAAGGAUGUCCGAACGAUUGAUGAAUCUCUACUCAGCAACGGCGUUGUGGAUAUUGCCCUGAUCGAUGCUCCAGGUCUCAAUUCAGAUACAACCAAGACGACGGCCAUUUUUGCUCGGCAAGAGGAGAUUGACGUAGUUGUGUUUGUUGUUUCCGCGGCGAAUCACUUUACGCAGUCUGCCAAGGAAUUCAUCUGGGCCGCCGCUGCGGAGAAGGCGUACAUUUUCAUCGUUGUCAACGGCUAUGACUUCAUUCGAGACAAGGAGCGAUGCCAGAAGAUGAUCUUGGACCAAGUUGCCGGGCUCAGUCCGCGAACUCACAAAGAAGCGUCUGAACUUGUCCAUUUCGUCUCCAGCAAUGUUAUCCCCAUGGCACCUUCACCCCCUGGCGGACCAAGCGGAGGCGGCAGUGGGAGUGGCAGCGGGGGUGGAGACGACCCCGACGACAACGGCAAGGGCAAGGACCUGGACAAGGUUCGUGACUUUGAGAAGCUCGAACAGUCGCUGCGGAGAUUUGUUCUGGAAAAGCGUGCAAGAUCGAAGCUUGCUCCCGCAAGGACGUAUCUGUUGAAUAUCCUCAAUGACGUUAAUACCUUGGCUACCGUCAACCAUGAGGUGGCCCAAUCUGAGUUUGACCGUGUCACCCAGGAGCUCAAGGAGCUUGAGCCGCAGAUUUUGGCCAGCAAGAAGGCCCGAUCCGAAGUUGAUGAGCAGGUUGUCCAUAACAUCGAAGAGACCUGCAAGACCGUCUACGACCAUACUCGAAAUCAGCUUAACGCUGCCAUCACUUACGCCGGAAGCACCAAGUACGAUAUCCCGUACCCCGGACUCUUUGGUGCUUUUGGAUAUGCCGACGAUCUCAAGGAUGCUAUUCUAUCCCACAUUGCGGACGCCGUCAGCACCUGCGAGGACUACGCCCGUGGCCAGACCGUCAGGGGCGUCAAUGCUAUCAAGCAGCUCGGCCUGCUGCAUGUGGGCGACGAAUUCCAAAACCUCCACUUCCGACCAGACGUCAUGUUCCGACGAAAGAAGGAUGCCUUUGCCCGCCAGGUGGAUGUCCCUACUGAUUUUGCCGACUUUGUGGACUUUUCAACUCUGCUGCACAGCCAAGAGAAGUUUGCCGGCACAGGUAUGGCCCUGACAAUUGCUGGUGCAGUCGUGCCUCGCAUGCUGGGAAUGAACUCCUGGAUGGACCAUGCCAUUACCGCGACGAAAAUCCUUGGCAAUGACAACCUUCGCAAGCUCAUCCUUCCUGGAAUUGUGAUUGCCGCCAUUGCCGCCUCGGCAUAUGUCCUUCAGCAGAUUCCCACCUCUCUUCCCCAUCGGCUGGCCCGAAAGAUUGAGGUACAGCUGUCUGAGAUUGAUUAUGUGCAUACCAAUGCCUCCCGCAUUUCAGGAGCAGUGCGCACCGUCUUGCGCAUGCCCGCCGACAACCUGCGAGUUGGCCUCGACCACAGCGUCAAGGAUCUCAACAAGAAGCGCGACGAGACAGUCAAGGUCAAGGGCGAGAGCGAAAAGGCCUCCAAGUUCUUCCGCAAACUGGUUGGCGAAACUCAGGUCCAGAAGAACAUGGUUGAGGGAGUGGACCUCGAUACCCCUCCGCAAGCUUUGCACUGA